CUUACACCAGCCGACACGACGACGCUUGUCCAAGAAGCAGAGCACAGCAACAUCAAAACAACACAACAUGGACUACUCGGCCCCUCGCACGCUCCACCUCUACUACCGCGACGGUCAUGACCGCGUCGAAGUCACCGACGCCGACAAGAGCACAGUGCUCUACGUAUGCUACCGCACCAGCUCCAAGCCGCACCAGACCAUCUGCCGGGCGGCGACGCACGACAAGCCCGAGACCAUGGUCGGGCAGGUGUCCUUCCAUCACUUCAAGUCGGACAUUGACGUGCGCAUGCCGCUGAACCCGGGCGUGGCGAUGCGCAAGACGGGCUGGACGAGCUCCGCCUACGAGGUCACGUCGCCGGGGGCGCAGGAGGGGGCCGCGUGGACGUGGAAGCGCGACGGCGCCAUGACGAGCAACCUCAAGCUCGUGGACGCUCGGGGCGCGGUGCUGGCCGCGUUUGACAACGCUUCGUGGUCGCUCAAGAAGCAGGGCACCCUCACCGUGCAGGACUGGAUGCCGCCGCCGGCGCUGCUGGAUGUGAUGAUCGUGACGGGUCUGGCGAGGGUCGAGUACCAGCGGAGGAGUCAAAAGGCGCACAAUGGGGCGGCGAUUGCUUCGGCAAGCGGGCGGGGAUAAGACGUGAUAAACAUGCCGUGGUUGCGGGUUUGGUUCAGUGUUACCAAU